AUGAUUUUGAGCACUGCAGAUUAUGCUGCUAUUGUCUAUGAGCGACUAAAACGGCAUCCAACUAACAAUAUUGUUGCUCAAUAUACGCAACUCGGUUGGGUAAUUUUUGGUGGACUGUCGCGACCAAAGGUCGAAAAUUGUUUAAAUUCGCGGCCGCUUACGGCUCUAUCUGACGACCCCACAGACUUAUCAGCGUUAUCACCAGGACACUUUUUGAUUGGACGAGCGCCAUCUGCCGCACCUGAAUCUAAUUUGCUAAAUACAAAGAUUGGUGUACUAUUCCGAUGGAAAAUGUUAAGCCAGAUGUAUCAAGACUUUUGGCGCCGUUGGUCCCAAGAAUUUUUAACACAAUUACAUGCUAAAAACAAAUGGAAUAAAAGACAAACAAAUGUCACAGCCAGUCAACUGGUCCUAAUUCGAGAUGAACGAUUGCCUCUAAGCUCCUGGUUGCUUGGCCGCAUUAUCCAAGUCCAUCCUGGCACGGACGGUGCUGUUCGUGUUGUAACCAUAAAAACACAGUCCGCCAUUGUGAAACGGCCAAUUUCGAAGAUCUCUGUUUUACCAAUCGACAUUGAAGGACGUCCUGAAGCAAGCGAGUAA